CGCGCGCUUUUGGCGCCAAAUCCCCAGCUGGCUCCACUCACUCACCCGCCAGCUCCCAGCUUACGGCAGCAGCCCCUCGCCCGCUCCGCCACCGCCAUGAUCGGACAGAAGACGUUGCACUCCUUCUUCAGCGCCGCACCGGCGAAGAAGCGCAGCCGCUCCCCGGAGCCCGGCGGCGAUGCUGAGGUCAGCGCCGCGAAGAAGGCGAAGGCGGCGGGAGAUGAAGCGGGCAAGGCCUCGCCGCUGAGCCCGGAGCAGCUGGAGCGGAUCCGCAAGAACAAGGAGGCGGCGCGGCAGCGGCUGGCCGAGCGGAACGUGCCCCCGGGCUUCGGGGAGAGCUGGCGGCAGCAGCUGGCCGGGGAGUUCUCCAAGCCCUACUUCAUAGAGCUCAUGGCGUUUGUAGCAGAGGAGAGGAAACGCUACACGGUCUAUCCGCCGCCCGAACAGGUCUUCACCUGGACGCAGAUGUGCGACAUCAGGGAUGUAAAGGUUGUUAUUUUGGGACAAGAUCCGUAUCACGGACCUAAUCAAGCCCAUGGGCUCUGUUUCAGUGUCCAGAAGCCUGUUCCUCCUCCCCCCAGUUUAGAAAAUAUUUACAAAGAACUGUCUACAGAUAUUGAGGACUUCACUCAUCCUGGUCAUGGUGAUCUAACGGGCUGGGCUAAGCAAGGAGUGCUCCUACUCAACGCUGUCCUCACGGUGCGAGCUCACCAGGCCACCUCCCACAAGGAGAGAGGCUGGGAGCAGUUCACGGACGUGGUGGUGUCCUGGCUCAACAAGAACUUGCACGGGGUUGUCUUCAUGCUGUGGGGAGCGUAUGCCCAGAGGAAAGGCAGCUCCAUUGACAGGAAACGCCACCACGUCCUGCAGACGGUUCAUCCCUCACCUUUCUCUGUCAACAGAGGGUUUUUCGGCUGUCGGCAUUUCUCAAAGACAAAUGAAUUGCUCAAGAAAUCUGGCAAGAAGCCCAUUGACUGGAGAGCACUUUGAGCUGCGUGUAGAAGCUGGUGGGGUCUAAUGGUUGGAAAUAGCCCCUGUUUCAGGGAUUGUCUCAUUUCUGAAAAACUUUUGCUGACCUGAGAAUUCUUCUUUGGAUGUUGAUCAAGGAACAGAUGACCAAACUUUCAGAGAUGCUAUAUUUUUUUUAAAUCUUUUUUAAAGAGCAGAUUGGAGUGUUAUGUGGAUAACUGCUGUUGGAACAGGUCUCAGCCUAGUUUGAAGCAAAGAGGGGAAAAAAAAAAGAAGUCUUCUCUAUUAAUUUCUGUACAUUGUUGUAAUGGGAAUGUAUUUUCAGGCUCUUGUAAAGGGAUGUCAGUUCUUACAGGUGAAGCUGUCUGGCUUUUGUAAAUACCCUGCUGCACCCCCUCUCACUCCUUUGCCUCAUGCUGUGCAAACCCAGAUUUCAUGUUUGGGGAGUGUGGAGCUGACUCCAUGGGAGAAAAGGCAGUUGCUUUUGGUUUUGGCUUUUCGCUACAUAUGACGAGAUUUAUUAGAAAUGCAGCCUCUUGACACUGUAAAGACUGUACGCUGUCUGAAGUGUUCCUUGGUGUACCUGUACUCAAGAUUUCAGGGUAAAUCCCCCCGGUGACUGAGGGGAGAUUGCGACCGAGGCUCUGGUCAUGCUCUGAGUUUUUUGUUGGCGUUGGAAGAGGAAAACUGCUAAGUUUUUAAAUUCUUACUGGGUGUGUUCAUCACUUGGAUGACAGGUGAGCUGUGAUGACUGUGAACUUUGUGGUACCCGCUGAUGGCAACAGUGAAGGUUUGUCCAUCAAGAUAUGGGCUGAUGGUUGCAAAUUAUUUAAGAUCUUUUAAGAUCUUAAAACAGUUUUGUGCUUUGCCUUCAUAGGAGCAAAUGGAAGUUUCUAGACACUGUUGAAAAUAACUUUUGGGACUUCCAGGAUGAAGACAAGGUUGGACUUCACACUUCUGGGUUUCCAGUCCAUAUUUGACUUUAAUUCCUUCAGUGGAAGUGAAGUGCCUUGUUUGUUUGGAAAUUACAUCAGUUCUUGUAGAAUAUCCCUGUAAACCUUUCUUUGGUAUUUGCUCCAAUAGGUAACACUAGUGCAAGUGAAGUUCACCCUUUCUGUAGUUGCAUUGUGGUUUUUUGUUUGUGUUUAUUCCCCCUCUCCUCCAGUUUGUUUUUUAAAUAAAAAUUACUUUUGUUUA